AUGUCUCGCUUCUCCCAUCUCGACACGGACGAGGAACGACUCCCGCACGGCAUGCGCCGCGUGGGCUACGACGCCGACACACAGGUAUACACGUACCAAGAUACCGACGGGAGCUACUGGGAGGGCGCUCCAGGCCAGCAAUACGGGCAGCUGACGCAGGUAUCCGGCGCGACGUCCGGGCCGGCCGAGGAUGCCGAAUAUGACCCCUUCAUCCCGGGCUCCGAGAGCGGCGUUGGCAGCCGACAGCAACAACUAUGGGCCGAGAAGAAGUCGUGGAGGCAAGAGAUGAGGCCGCUGCUCAACUUCUUUGUCAUCAUCGGGCUGUUCCUGCUCGUGUUGACAUGGUGGCUGUACCGCACGCCCAGCGAAACCGAAGUUGCGCCCGAGUGCGGACAGCAGGCUGUACCGUACAAAAUAGAGCACGGAAACACGUGCUGGGCCAUCGCGACGGGGCAGAAGAUCAGCGUUGAGGAGCUAGUCAAGGCGAAUGAGGGACUGGACUGUGACAGAUUGCAGGUCGGGAGCUUCAUAUGUGUACCCACCGCUAGGGAAGCGGCAUAA